UGGUUUCAGUCUGCAAUGACGUUUCAACACAGCUGCCCUAGAUGCCUCUUCCCAGACUCCCAAGAGUUGGAGGCGAAGGUCAUUUGCAUAUUUACGUGUAGUAAAUUUUGCUGGCGAUGCGAUGUGGGCGAGGAAAACUUAAUUUUUGAGGUUUCAAAAUCUCACUUUGACGCAUUUGAUUUCAAAUUAGACGAACUCCUAGCUCAACUGACGUUAAGAGGAGAAAUUCUGCUAAGAAUGGCAUCAGUUAAAGUUGCUGUAAGGGUUCGGCCAUUAAAUAAGAGGGAAAUUGACUUGGAAUCUGAUGUCAUAAUCCAGAUGGACAGCAAUGGAAAGAAAACCUCAAUAAUCAACCCCAAUGUUCCGAAUGAUGUAAAGGAUUUCAGCUAUGACCAUUCAUACUGGUCGUCAGAUAGUCGUGAUAGGCAUUUUGCAACACAGGAGCAGGUAUUUUCUGAUUUGGGGAAGGAUGUGAUUGGUGCUGCAUUUGAAGGCUAUAAUGCUUGCAUAUUUGCCUAUGGCCAGACUGGAGCAGGAAAGAGUUAUACGAUGAUGGGAGCUCAGGAGAGUCUUGGCCUAAUUCCAAGGAUAUGUGAGGGUAUGUACGAGAGAAUGUCCAAAGAUCAAGCUGAAAACAAAAUUGAAUUCAAGAGUGAAGUGAGUUUCAUCGAAAUAUACAACGAAAGAGUGAGAGACCUUCUACGGGCGUCACCCAAGAAGGGUGACGUGUACAAUUUGAAGGUAAGGGAACAUCCAAAGGAAGGGCCGUAUGUUCAAGAUCUGACGAAACACAUUGUUACAAAGUACAGUGAUAUAGAGAAGCUAAUGGAUAUUGGAAAUGAUAACCGGACAACUGCGUCUACAAAUAUGAACGACACGAGCAGUAGGUCGCAUGCCAUAUUUACACUAAAUUUUACUCAGGCAAAGUUCUGCACCGAUAUGCCAAUUGAGACUGUGAGUAAAAUACAUCUCGUCGACUUGGCUGGAAGUGAGCGAGCGAAUUCUACUGGUGCAACUGGGCAGCGCCUGAAAGAGGGUGCCAACAUCAAUAAAUCCCUUGUGACCCUUGGAACUGUCAUCUCGAACCUGGCUGAAGCAUCUGGUGAUCAAAAGAAAAAGCCAUUCAUACCCUACAGAGAUUCAGUUCUGACUUGGCUGCUCAAGGACAGCUUAGGAGGAAAUUCAAAGACUAUCAUGAUAGCAGCCAUCUCACCCGCUGAUGUUAACUACUCAGAAACCUUGAGCACGCUUCGAUAUGCAAACAGGGCAAAGAACAUCGUCAACAAGCCUACGGUUAACGAGGAUCCAAAUGUAAGAUUAAUCAGAGAGCUGAGAGAAGAAAUUGAAAAACUUAGAACGAUGUUGUCAUCAACAAACCAGGGCCAGCCAGGAGCAACCCGUGUAAGUGUGGAGGAGACGAAGGUUGCUGAAAGGAUACACGAAAAUCAGGCAAAAGUUGAACAGUUGACAAGGGACUGGAACAACAAAUGGAAAGAAACACAGAAAAUCAUGGAGGAACGAGCACUGGCUUUUAGGAGAGAAGGUCUUGGUGUGAAAAUGGAGUCUGAGCUGCCACAUUUAGUUUGCGUUGAUGAUGACAUUCUUAGCACAGGUGUGACGCUUUAUCACUUGAGGGAUGGUAGAACACACGUUGGUGGAGAAAAUGCAACAGUAAAACAAGAUAUAGUCUUGCAUGGGCCUGGGAUAGAACCACAACAUUGCAUACUGGAAAGUAUUGAGGGGAACGUCACGCUACAGCCUAUUGCUGACCAAUGCUUCAUAAACGGAUCCAAAGUCAAAAAGCAAACCAGGCUUAGCCAAGGAGCUGUGGUCCUCCUUGGUAAAACAAACAUGUUCAGAUUCAACCAUCCAGCAGAGGCUGCGAAGCUACGGCAAAAAUAUGCAUCUGUAGAGAACCUCGCUUCGAUUGUACCUUCAAAGGAACUGGAGGCUCGAUCAUAUCUUUUUUACAAUGCAGGGCUAGAAAUGGAAAGGAGGCACAGAGAAGAAGCAAAAAUUUUAGAGGAGAAGAGGAAAGAAUUGGAGAAGAAGAACGAAGAAGACGUCCUAAAGCUGGAGGAAGCAAGGAAAGAAAUAGAAAAAUUAAAGACGGAGAAAAUUGCUGAAGAAGAGAGAAUACAGAAUGAAGUUCAGGAAACACAAAAGCAUCUCGAGGAGCAAAAAUGCAACUUACAGAAGAUCAAAGAAGAACAAGAAAAAACAAGAGAAAAUGCAUUAAGGGAACUUGAGGAGUUGAAAAAGAGAAUAAAACAGGAGCAGGAAGAAGAAAAAGAGAAAUUGGAACAUGAAAUGAGGAAAUUGCUAGAACUUAAAGAGAUGCAUCAGAAGUCUGUGCUAGAUAAGGAGAUGGAACUAAUGAAAGAGAAGGAAGAAUUAUCCAAGAAAUGGGAAAACGAAAAGGUUCAGAUUGAUGAACAGCGUAAAGAAGUAUUGAGGCUGCAGGAUGAAUUUGACAGCUAUCGGGAGGAGCUUAGAAAGAAUGGUGGAAAGAAGGAAGACACUGUGCAGGCACCAGAACAGCCGGUUGGUAUCUGUGGUACAGAGAAAUUAAGGACUGAUGAAUUACGAAACUUAUUGGAUGUUCUUGAAAGGGAAUUUGAAGACGAGGUGAAGAAUGCCCAUAUUCAGAUAAUGCAAGCUAAAGAGGCAGUUAAAUCAGCCGAAAUGGAUACUCUUCAGGGCAAAAGAGGUCUCAGUGAAGGAAAGACUGAACUACAGACGCAGUGGAAGAAGCUGGAGAAUGUUCAGUUAUUGCAUCGGAAUAAACAAGCAGAGCUUCAAAAAAGAAUCAAAGAGGUGAGAGAAGAGCUCAGUAAAGCUGAAGAAGCCGAGGAAGAAGAGCUAGUGGAGCAAGGAAAAAGUAUAAUGGAGAGAAAGAAGAAAAGAAGGAAAGUCGAAGAGGCUACUCAAAAACUUUUAGAGAUGGAAUCGCAGUUUAGUAAAAUUGAUGCACAACUAGUUGAGAGUAAGGAUUUGAUUGAAUGGCAACAUCGCGAAGAAGUCAGAGAGCUGACAGAACAGAGAAAAAUCUUGAUGGAAUUACUAAGCAAACAUCAAGUUGCCUUGCUAAAAGCAUCGCAAAUGGUGACUGAGACGAAAACAAAGCUAGAAAGUCAUUUGCAAAGUGAAAAGAUACUUGUCGACCCAAUCAAACAGAAUAUUGCUAAGUACGAGCAAGAACUUGAGCCUGUGCUUGCAUUAGAGGAGCAGGUUAAUCGAAAAUGCGAUAAUAUAGACAAAGAGAUGAAAGAAAGAAAAAAGGUUCUUUAUAAACAACGAAAGAGAAUCAACCUGUUGGAAAAGCAGCUAGCCCAGUCUUCAGGGCCUGAGCAGAAACAAGGGCUGAAUGAUGAGGAGCUGGAAGAUUAUGAAAACGACAGGCAAGCUGAGUGGGAUUUGGUUCGCCGGGAGAAGAAGUUGCUCGCUGAUAUGGAAGAAAAGUUCCGGCAAGCACAAGAACAGGCAGAGAUACAAAUCGGAGAUGCGUGCCAAAACUUGGACAGGAAAAAGAUGCAAGUCACAAUGGCAUUGAACACUGAAAAGAAGAAAUUAGAAGAACUUAUAAGUGUGCACCGGGAAACCACUGUUUUUAUUGAGGCGGAGUUAGAGGCUCGAGCAAGCAUGCUAGAACGGGUGAAAGAAAAGGUAGUUAACGAUAAGAAAGAGCUUGCGAAACUGGAUAUGAAGAAGCAGGCAUCUGCCGAAAAAGCGGCUGAAGAGCUCUUUGCCAUGGUAGAAAUGCUUGAAAAGGACUUAAGUGAAAAAGGUAAGAAAGAAGAAUUAGCGAAAAUUCGAGAUCACAGGAAAAAACUACAGGAUCUUGAUAGGCAGCUGCGUCUUGCAGAAAAACGCGAGAAAUUCGCGAGCAAAGAGGGCGAUGACGCAAAUUGUAUCAUACUUUAGAAUGCAAUGAAUGAGGGAACGUAUCUCGUUUAAAUAUUUUCAAUUUGGUAUGUAAAUUAUACUUUUUUUAUUAGAAAAUUCUUAACCGUUCAGGGAUGAAAUGCAAGUUUGAUAGAUUACUUUUGUGCCACAAAAAAUAAAGAUAUCAAAGAGCUUGUAAACUGGAGCCAGCCCGUAGAAGAUGGACUUUUGAAUGGAAACGCCGAUCAUUCUUGCUUUAUCGACUGGAUUCAGCUAUACUUUGUGGAUUUUAUGAAUUGAAAUUCCAUCUUCCAAACGUUCCUGUUUGAACUGAAUCAGACGAAGAAUAGCCAUUCUCUCUAAUAGAAUUAGUCAGUUGGCAAGUUUUUUGAAUUUAAACAGCGAAUUUCGGCGUAUUAAGGGCUUUGUUGCAAAAAUGUUAAUGAUGUCUAAGUGAAUUUCCAACAAUGUGACACAGUUAUUCUUUUAUCAAAAAACAGUUUGACGAAGAGAUUUCUGCAAAUUUUUCAAGUCAAAAUUGUUCAUGACAGAAAAUUUAUAGAUUGCUCCUUACAAAUGCCUAACUUUGUGUUACCGGUAGAAUGUUGGAAGUUAUACUGCAGGAUAGAUUUAGCAAGUGACAGAGUACUCAAGUGAAAGAAGUUUUAGACCUUAUCUGAUUUAGACAAAGGGUUUUUCACUCCUUUCAAUUUUAGUGUAUAAUGAAGUCGUCAGAGCUCUUCUGAUGACUUCAAAUCCAUAACUAGAUUUAAUCGUGUCCAGUAAACUAUUUUAGUCAUUGAAUCUGGUUUAGGGGGAAAUACAGAUAUAUUGUCACAACGUAGAUAGUGUUAGUUUAAAUGCAUGCAGUAUUGUAGUAUGGUACUGGUUGCCUACUUACAUAUAGUUUACAAUCGUUUAAUAUAAAAUGAAGAUUAUUUUGCUAACGUAUUGUCAAGCAAGGUUUUAAGAAAAGAGCCAAUUUUCAUUACUUUCAGGCAUGUUUCCGGGGCUGUCUUUGUUUCUUUCAUAAAAUUUUGCCUCUGAUAUUUUGUUGCGGUACUGAAAUAGUUUUGAUCUUUAGAAGUGAAGCAACUGGUAGCCUUUAGAGAUGACGCCAAUUAAGACCCAGUCCUUUUGAGUGUUGUGUUGAAUCUGUUCGUCUACUCUUUAACAUGAUGAUGAAAAAUUGUGACGAAUGGUACAAUACCUUUCGGAUGUUAGCACGUGAAAACCUUAAAAUGAGAGUCCCUGCCGUUUAUUGUUCAUUACUUUUGUGUUGUUCGUAUCAUUGCUGUUAGUUUGUUUUUUCGUGUGUGUGUUAAUUUGAUUCUGUGCGGCGUGAGAAGGUUGCAUGUACCAGAUACAAAAUUGAUAACAAUUUCUAGAUCUCCAAAAUUUUACCAGUAACUUUAAUCAGUUCACGAACAAUCCAGAGGUUUCACAACAGCAACGUUUUUUAAUUAUUAGUCCACUCUCAGUGAGUGUCACCAUUUUGGUAUAAUUCAAUAAUUUGGGUGCCUAUACUUUAAAAGAAAAAAGAGAUGUAUAAGAAAUUUCAAGCCCAAAGAUUACAGAGAAAAUUUAUAGAUUUUUUCGUUUUUGUAAAGAUAAUUUGAAUUCAUUUCCAAUCCAAUACCAAUUUUGAUAGCAUUUAUUUACGUGUUCUUUAUUUCAUUCACGUUCUACGCUAUAAGGAAAAUAACCUUUAUGAGCCAUUUGCUUCGGCUACUCAUUGUGCUUUUUCCUUUCACUUUUCUAUGUUUUGAAAACCCAUUUUUUUCAAAAGCAUUUUUAGAUUGAUUACUUGUGAGAUAUACGUCGUAACAAUAUCAUCAUCACUUUGCAAUCAUGUAUCAAACGAAUGUGGAUAAUCAUGUAAAUAACGAAGAAAAAAUAUUUCAAUAAUCAAUGUACGGUAAAUUCUAGAUAGUACUGAAACAAUAAAAAUCGUUAUAUCUCUUGGAUAAUUUAUUUCGAAUGAAAUUUUAGAAUGGCUUAAAAAUUGAUAGUAAAGUUACUGAUUUUUAUUAGCGUCUUAUUACAACUACCCUUUUCUGUCUCUGCUUGGCCAUUAAGAGGAAAUUGCCACCAUUUUACAGUUUUCCUAGCGCCCUAAAAGUCUCCUCAUAUCUCUCCAAAGUAUGCAUUUUAUGACGUUACCCCCUACACUGUGAUGAAUAAUAUUCAGGGGGAUCCAUUACUGUUGAGUAAUUUAGCCAUUAAAUUAGCCAUAUGAUUUGAUCCAUAUCAAUAAGAUACUUUGUUUAGUACGUGAUUUUGACUUCAUUUGCCUUAUCGUGUACCUUUAAACAGCCAUUUUGACUACUGACAUUUUUAAUGGUUUCGUAAAAAAUUCAAAGUGUUUCAUAAAAUCCAUUUUGAGUCUUAGCCCCGUUAACCUAAAUACCCCUAUAGAAAAUGUUGCGUUCCGUAAAGUGGUUAUGCAUCAUAAACGAUUAUUACGUCACUGCCCAAAUUACAAUAUACUGCAUUUCGUAGGAUAUACUGUAUGGGAAACAAAUUGAAGUUUAGAGACACAUCAUCUUCAGUUUCCUUGCCAGAGCUCAUAAUUCAAUGAUAUGCUAAACCCUGAUUUCUCAUGCAAUUCUAAACUUCAUAACUUGUUUUUACCAACUACCUAACCCUAUUGAUUAAAAGUACACGUUACUGCACAUGAAUUUGCUUGUUUAGGAGCCUUGUGAGUGAUGUUUGACGUAAGGGGUGUUUCAAUAAGUAGAAAGAUUUAUCAAUUUCUUGCAUAGAUAACUUUGUUUAUCCUCUAUUUAAUAGAUUAUUUAUUUACAUUAAUACAAAUUGCCACAAAUCGGAAGUGAUGAAAGUAGCAUUGAGUUUGUUUAGUUAAUACCUUGAAAUGACAGAUCUAAGAAAAAUUUGUUCAAUUUUUGCGUGUUCACUUGUAAUGGUUUCGAGAUAAAUUGUUGCUACUACUCCAAUCCACCAGUAGUUACUUCACUAAGGCUUAUUAUGUGCAGAGAUCUUGCUCCUGGCUUUGACUUAAACCAAAUGUGAACUGCUUUCCGUUCAAUAAAGAUAUAUGUAGAUUUAGCCAGCAACUGAUACAAAUUUUUGAUGUGUAAAACAGGACGAUUCUCCUUAAUAGCUCUGAGUAACACCUUAAUGCGACACACAAUAGGUUUUCUAUCCCAAAUCUGAUUCGUUAGUGUAAACCAAUCAUCGUACGUGAUUUCGCUUUGUAAACUGUCAAUCAGACAGCUGACGCAGAAACGUCAGGCCAACACUUAUUUGGUUGCCUCCAAAAUAAUCAUUUCAGGCCACGCAUGCCACCCAAUUCAGUUUGGGACCAGUGGAAAAAAUCUGAUGUUUUCUGCACAACAGAACAAAAAUUACAUGAACUUUCUGUCAUAUAUAUAAAACAUAACUGUUACAUCAAUCAAUAAAACAUUAAAUCCACUCUGAUAAUAAGUUUUUAAAGUUUUAUUAAAACAUCUACUCAAAGUAAUAAAGUGGCGAUAGAAACUAUGAAAUAGUCACGUGAUGCAAAAGCUUAAUAACAAUUUUGGCUGUGAAACUCGGGAGUUUUAUGGUUGCAUAACCUUGCUUUCUGUGAAGCAAUCUGUUUGUUUUCUUUUAUUUUUUCUUCAGGUUGUCUAAAAUCUCUAUUUUGUAAAUCAUCCCAUCGCAUUCUAGUGAGCAUGCUAUUAGAUAGCAAUUAUAUAAGUUAUGGACGCGUUUUAAUAUGAACAACAGUAAAGCUAUUAGAAUUCAAAAGCACUAUUUAGCUAUUAAUUUUUAAUGCUUCGCAAAACUUUUAAUCAAAGCAAUAAUUUUCUCAAGUUAUUAAAAUUGAUGCCGCUUACAUAAGAACUUCGAGAAAAACACCUUAUAUUUACCUAGAAAUCCUUGCUUUAUUGUUCAUUAGAAUAAACAUGAUUUCUUCCCAAGUUUAAUGUAAUGGGAUGGUAAGGAAAUUUUAUCAAUAAACAUUUAAUUUGCAAUUUCCUUCUCUAUACAGCAAAAUGUAAACUUUUUGCCGUCGAUUCUUGCACAUUAUUAACUUCUGUUGUCGCAUGCUUUUCUGUGGCUAAAAGAACUGCCAUAGCAAGCUAACUUCCAGAUGUUUUUAUUGAGAAUAUAGCAACCAUAUGAUAAUACUAACCAACCAUGUGUAAUCCAUUCUAGGGCUAUACUCUGUUUAAUCAAGAUCCUACAGAACAGUACUUUUACUGCUGGAGAAAAAAACCAAUAGCCCUGGAAUUGCCGAAUACUUUAAAUCAGUCUAAUUCUGGACAUUUGGCACAUCAGUUUGUCCACAUUCCCUGAAAGAACCAUUACAGGCUUCCCAGCUCCAUUUUUGCAUCAACAGAAGAUUUAGAUCAGAGAUAUUUCUUUCUGCGAUCUUGACUUUUGAUUUUGUUAUCAAUUUGUAUUUAUCCUCGUGCUUACGAAAUUGCUCCUAACAAAAGUUUUGCAACUUUAACCU